AACGGUAACACUGUAGGAUUACAAUUUAUCAAUGCCGACGAGAUGACUUUGCCCGAUCUUGUGUCCGGUCUGUCGUCCAAUCCCUAUUUUGGGGCCGGAUUUGGACUGUUUGGAGUAGGAGCCGCGGCUGCUAUCUUGCGGAAAGGUCUUCAAGGCGGUUUAAUCCUGUUCCGGCGACACUGCAUGAUUACCCUGGAGGUGCCGUGCAGGGACAAAUCCUACCAGUGGCUCUUGAAGUGGAUCACCAUCAGAGGAGCCCGCAAGACGCAGCACCUGAGCGUGGAGACGAACUUUGUACAGAACGACAAUGGUACGAUUAAGACCAGCUAUGAUUUUAUACCCAGCAUCGGCAAGCAUUUGUUUCAGUACAAAGGCAAUUGGAUUCAGGUGGAGCGAACCAGGGAACAGCAGACCCUGGACCUUCACAUGGGCGUUCCCUGGGAGACGGUGACCCUCACAGCCUUUGGAAACAACAAGGCUAUUUAUUUUGACAUCUUGGAAGAGGCUAGACACUUGGCUUUGGAAGCCACCGAAGGAAAGACAGUGCUCUACACAGCGAUGGGUGCGGAGUGGCGACCCUUUGGUCAUCCUCGAAGGAGGCGUCCCACUGGUUCGGUGGUCCUGGAUCGUGGAACGUCUGAAAAAAUCAUUGCCGACUGUCAGGACUUUAUCAAGAGUUCCCUGUGGUACACUCAGCGCGGGAUUCCCUAUCGAAGAGGCUACCUUCUCUACGGACCUCCGGGUUGUGGCAAAUCCAGCUUCAUCACUGCCUUGGCCGGCGAACUGGAGUACAGUGUGUGCCUUCUCAACCUUUCCGAAAGAGGCCUCACCGACGAUCGACUCAAUCACCUCUUGAAUGUAGCCCCUGAACAAAGUAUCAUCCUGCUGGAGGAUAUUGACGCAGCGUUUGUCUCGCGAGAAGCCACUCCACAGCAGAAAUCCGCAUAUGACGGUUUGAACAGGAUAACCUUCAGUGGACUCCUCAACUGUUUGGAUGGCGUGGGUUCCACAGAAGCCAGAAUUGUCUUCAUGACCACAAACUACAUAGACCGUCUUGAUCCCGCCCUAGUUCGACCUGGUAGAAUAGAUUUAAAGGAAUACAUCGGUUAUUGUACGCAAUAUCAAUUGGAGGAAAUGUUCAAGAACUUCUUUGCCAAUAGUGACCCCACGAAAGUAGAGGAGUUCGGCAAACGCGUAACUUCCUUUAACCGUUCAGCAAGUCCUGCACAAAUUCAAGGCUUUUUCAUGAAACACAAAUUGUCUUCCCCGCAAACAGUUAUUGAUUCUUGUGAAGAUAUCUGGGAGAAUGUUUUGAGUCCUAAUAAAAAAGAUAACUAAGUGA